GUAGGAGGUCUUCCGACGCAUAUUUCAUAUGCUAGUACUGUACUUUAGGAGGCACGGUACAGUCACGUCUCCGCCCAGCUCUGCCCCCUUAGAGCCCUGUCUCUUCCCAGCGAAUAUACUCGGGUACAAUGUUUUUUUUUUUUUUUUUUUUGGAGCUACGGAGAGCACUUCGACGGGGGAAAGAAGACAAGAAGUGAAUGACAACUAAGGGCAUAACUUGGCAACGCCGCCUACUUGGUGGACAUUUAUCACGCUGGGGGACAUUUUAAGGCUUUUAAAUGUAGGGGUUCUCAGGAAUAACCCACUGCGCACCGCUAUUUAUUAAGAGUGGGGGUACUUUUCCUCUGCCUGCGAUGGAAAGUGUGCAGGAUGCACCGUCAGACGGAGGCGCAACGAAGUUAAUGAAGAAGCCCGGCGGACCGCCAGUCGCCCGGGGGAUACCAGCGGAUGAUGGCGGUGGACGGUCGGCGCCCUCCCGCGCUGAAACGAAGAACGGUCUGUCUCAUUCCGCCUCCUUGCCGGCGAAUAGUGCGUCAAACCGGGCCGCGGCGUCUAACGGCCGGGGCUCUUCCAGCAACUCCAGCUCCCUCCUGUUGAGACGGAGGCGCUUAAAGAGGAACCUCUCCGCCUCAGCUGCGGCAACAGCAGCAGCGACUACCGCCAGCUCAGCUGUCACCGCGAAGAUGAGUUCGGCCCUGUCCACAGCGUCUCUUCACAGCCGGAGUCUGGAUAGGAAGACUCUGCUGAAGCACCGGCUCAACCUGCAGCUGCAGCCCGCGGACCGCGAGUGGGUCAGAGCGGAUCUGCACCGCGGCUGCAUCCACGUCCACGACAGGCUGACCUCCUCAUAUCCCAGGCCGGUCCUAUGCACUAUGGACAACACAGCCGGCGAGGUGGCGCUCCGUUUGAGUAAACUCUGCACCAAGUCGAGCUGCGUUAUACGCAAUUUCUGUAAAGAUAGCUCAAAGACUGACCAAAAUGGCAACUGCAAAGUGAAAUGCGAUUUUAAUGACGAUCCAUGUCAAACGAAAGAUGGCUCACUACUAAAAUCCAACCUGCAGACUUCUUUGGAAUCCACAGAGGUGGGUGGGCAUCCUGGUGACAGGUUAAGGCUCCUGCUUAUGGAGAAUGCAGAUGACAGGGAGAAGCAACAGGAAGUUGAUGGAAAACUUUUCACCCCAGAAUCAGAGUCACAAGACAACAUAACCUGCUCCCUAUCAGAUCUAAAUUCCAAUAUGGACAUCCCAAACGACGAGGAUUCGGAGCACAGAAAUGGGGUGGACAGCUAUGGAUUAAACUCUGGCUCAGAUGUGGAGAGCAGUGCAUUUGAUGAUCUAAGUUCAGGGGCCCGGCUUAGUGAGCACAGAGACUCCUUGAGUGAUGACAUGAUCCUGGGAACAGAAGCAUCCAUCCUCAGCCCUUCUUUCGACAGUGCCACAGAGGGCAAUGAUAUGUAUGGAAGUUCAUCAGAUGAGCUGGAGCUUGACUGUCCAGUGUCUGGCUCAGACCUGGACCUAAACAACAGCAUCUCAGAUGGUACAGGAAGGUACAAGCAAUGCAGCAUGGGACAUUUAAAUGAGAGGACAAAAAAUAUGGGGUCUGCCAGCAGACAUAACCCACACAGUUUGGGCAGCCUGCCGCCCAGCAGUAGCGCUGACUCCUUUUCAAGACUCUGCUCCACAGAUAUCAUAGCUGACAUUCAAGACUGUGGUCAAGGUGCUGUAAAACAGGAGAUGACAGCACUCCAAAAUGGAGAUUCUAGUGAUUCCAGUCCCACACUGUAUGUUCAGCUGCACGGUGAGGCUGUGAGGAGGCUUGGUCCUGAUGAGAGGCCCCUGCAGAUACAGAAUGAAUUUCUGUUUAAGCUUGGAUUUAAGGACCCUUGGAGAGUUCAAGAGGAAGGGCUCAACACAGAAAUUGGCUCCCUGUUACGUUUUUAUGCAGGGAAGCCCCAAAGUAUCGAGAGCUCAGAACGGGUGCAGCUCUCAGGGACGUACAACGUCCGGAAAGGGAAGCUCCAGCUGCCAGUCAACCGCUGGACCAGACGCCAGGUCAUCCUGUGCGGCACCUGCCUCAUCGUCUCAUCUGUGAAGGAGAGCCAGAUUGGGAAGAUGCACAUUUUGCCACUCAUAGGGGGGAAGGUGGAGGAGGUGAAGAAGCACAAUCAUUGUUUGGCCUUCAGCUCGGCAGGGCCUCAAAGUCAAACCUACUAUGUCAGUUUUGACAACUUCACAGAGCACCUGCGCUGGCACAGACAUGCUGCCAAGAUGGUGUCCCAGAGAAUCAACUCUGUUGAUUUGUCCUGCUGCAGUCUGGAACUUCUUCCCCCCAACCUCUUUUACAGCCACGACCUCACCCACCUAAACCUUAAACACAAUUUCCUGCCUGCGGACCAUCGCCUUCAGCAGCUGCAAAGGUUUUCUCGCCUUCGCAGCCUUAACCUCUCCAACAACCAUCUUGGUCAGUUCCCGUUGACCAUCUGUGACAUCCCUACCCUGACAGAAGUCAACCUCAGCUGUAACUACCUGGACUCUGUCCCCAGCUCCGUGGGUGCCAUGAGCAAUUUGCAGACGUUCCUGUUGGACGGAAACAGUUUAAGCGACUUGCCCUCUGAGCUGGGGUCCCUGCGGAGGCUGAGCUACUUGGGUCUUUCCUUCAAUCAGUUCAACCAUAUACCCCAGGUGCUUGAGCGGCUGGCCUCCAUGGAGAAGCUCUGCAUGGCUGGAAACAACCAGGAAACGCUCACCCUGCAGAAUUUCAGGCUGCUCCAUGUCAAACACAUCGAUUUAAGGUUGAAUAAGGUCUCUGUCAUGGUCCCCGAUGAGCCUGACCUGCUCCGGCAUGUGACCCAGCUGGAUGUGAGGGAUAACAGGCUGAUGGAGCUGGAUGCGUCUGUCUUUCCUCGACUGGAAAUCCUUCACUGCGAGAGGAACAACAUAACAUGUCUUAAAGUCAGAGGUUCUGUGCUUAAAGGAAUUUACGCCUCAAAUAACGAAUUACGACAGCUGGAUGUCAGUCCUGUGCCCUCCAAUCUUAGUUACAUGGAUAUCUCGAGGAACCACAUGGAGUCCUUGCCAGACUGGCUGUGUGAAGCGAAGAAACUGGAAGUCUUGGACGUGAGCCACAACCUCAUCACUGAGCUCCCCGCCAGGUUGUUCUGCAGCAACAGUCUGAGGAAGCUAAGUGCUGGACAUAACCAGUUGCAGAAGCUGCCUGACAGAGUAGAGCGCCCUCUGCUGGAGAUUUUAGAUGUUCAGCAUAAUCAACUGGUGGAACUUCCAUCUAACCUGUUCCUCAAAGCCAACAGUUUACGAAGCGUAAAUGCAUCAGCAAACAAGCUGGAGCACCUGCCACCGUCCAGUCUGUCGGAGGAAAGCCACAGCAUCUUGCAGGAACUCUACCUGACUAAUAACCUGCUGACGGACAAGUGUGUGCCAAUGCUCACUGGUCACACACACCUGCGGGUUCUUCACAUGGCAUACAACCACCUCCAGACCUUCCCUGCCAGUAAAAUGGCCAAGCUGGAAGAGCUGGAGGAGGUGGACUUGAGUGGAAACAUGCUGAAGACUGUUCCCACCACCAUCAUGAACUGUAGACGAAUGCACACUCUCAUUGCCCACUCCAACUCCAUCGAGGUGUUUCCGGAGGUCAUGCAGUUGAUGGAGAUGAAGUGUGUGGAUUUGAGCUGUAAUGAGCUGAGUGAGAUCACUUUACCAGAGAAUCUGCCUCCAAAACUCCAGGAGCUGGAUCUGACUGGCAACCCUCGUCUCAACCUGGACCACAAGACCCUUGAGCAGCUUAAUAACAUUCGCUGUUUCCGUAUUGAUCCACCGCCAACAUUCUCAUCGAAUGAGGCAUCUGGGGGGCCUGCUGUGUGGAGUCAUGGUUACACUGAGGCCUCAGGCGUAAAGAACAAACUCUGUGUCGCCGCCCUCUCAGUGAACAGCUUCUGUGGGAGUCGAGAAGCUCUGUACGGUGUGUUCGACGGAGACAGGAACGUGGAAGUGCCCUACCUGCUGCAGUGCACCAUGAACGACGUCCUGGCCGAGGAAAUCCACAAGACCAAAAGCGAAGAGGAUUUCAUGACCAAUACGUUCCUCGUCAUGCAAAGGAAACUUGGAACUGCUGGACAGAAACUCGGGGGGUCUGCAGCUCUGUGUCACAUCCGCCAUGACCCCACAGACCCCAGUGGCUGCUUCAUCCUCACAGCUGCUAACGUGGGAAAGUGCCAGGCCAUCUUGUGUCGGGACGGGAAGCCCAUGUCCCUGUCGCUGCUUCACAAUGUGGGCUUGGAAGAGGAAUACCGCAGGAUCCGGCAGCACAGAGCCAUCGUCACUGAGGACAACAAGGUGAAUGGAGUGACUGACUCAACAAGAAUUAUGGGCUAUUCCUUCCUUUACCCCUCAGUCAUCCCUUGCCCCUACGUGCAGACUGUGACUCUCACCCCUCAGGAUGAGUUCUUUAUUCUGGGCAGCCGUGGGCUGUGGGAUGCAGUGUCUGCCACAGAAGCAGUGGAAGCAGUUCGAAACGUCCCCGAUGGCCUGGCUGCUGCUAAAAAGCUUUGCACCCUGGCUCAAGGUUAUGGCUGUACUGACAGCCUGAGUGCAGUUGUGGUGCAGCUCAGCGUGAGUGAAGACUGCUGCUCCUGCUGCUGUUCAGAGCCCCCCCACCAUCCCCCUAGCCCCGGCCUGGGCCCCUACCCUCCAUCUUCCUCGGCCAUUAAGGAUCGGCCCUCUGAUGGUUCACUGCCUGUUCCCCCUUCGUCCUGCAGCGAAAUCAGCAGCGAGAUAAGCACCAGCGAGAUGAGCAGCGAGGUGGGCUCCACGGCUUCAUCCGACGAGCCUCCACAGAGCUCCUUCGUGCUGCUGCAGGAUCAGACGCACCACCCUCAGCUCCACCUCCACCAUCAGGCCCAUCUGCUAUCCCUGCAGCACCAGCAGCCACACACGGCCACCCAGACCUGCCAGUAUCUGCUGCCAGGUUCAGAACUUCCUUCAGCUCGGACCUGUUGCGCUCUCCAUCCAGCCUGCCUCACCAGCUCCUUUCAGAGGCAGCUGUCCAGCGCCACCUUCUCCAGCGCCUUGUCAGACAACGGGCUGGACAGUGAGGAUGAAGAGCCCAUCGCAGGCGUAUUCUCAAACGGGAGCCGGGUGGAAGUGGAGGCAGAUGUUCACUGCCUCAAAGCUGAGCUCUCACAGUUAUCCUCAUCCCAAAACCUCGUACCCUCAUCUUCCACCCAGGAACACACCAUGCUCUCUCUUCCUCCACCACCACCGCCACCACCAAGCACGCCCGAGCCACUAGAGGAAGCGGUGGACCUGAACCAGGCAGAGGCAGAGAAUGGGCUCGACAGAGACGAGUCCUGGCCAGGUGUGGGAGUGGGAGCUGGGGACGGUGGGAAGUUUCCAGGAAAGAGGAGAGUUAACGGUUCAGUGGCUCGUCAGGAAAAGAGUCACAACCUCAUUGAGGUGGCGGCCGAUGCCCCUUCCAAGAAAUCAGGAGGAUACUUCACAGCUCCGGCCCAGCCCGACCCAGAUGACCAGUUCAUCAUCCCUCCUGAGCUGGAGGAGGAGGUGAAGGAGAUCAUGAAGCAGCAUCAGCAGAAACAGCAGAAGCCAGCUGGGAUGGAUCAGCCCACCGACUACUUCGAUACCCCUCUCUAAGCUUAAGAGUCGACCUCCUCUGAUGCCGCCCUUCAUUCUACUGUUAAUGCACAGAUAAGUAGGUUUUACGGGGAGGCUGAAAAGUCUGCAUGAAAGUUUUACAGAACAGACUUCAUCCCUACGCAGCGCCUAAUCUUUGGAUAAACAUGUACUGCUGCACCUGCAGAGUUAAAUAAGCAAAUGAGCCCUUUAAUGAUCCUCAACCUUCUGGAUACGUGUGAGGACAGAGAUCCCAGAGCCAGCGUUCUGUUCACAGAUCAAAUCUGUUUCUUUUUUUUGUUUUUCUUUUGUUUUUUUAAAUAAAUAAUCAACACUAGUCUAUUUGCGAUAGCAUUAGCUUGUCACACAUAAUAUACAUGAUUUCUUUUGUUUUGUAAGAACCUAAAUUAUGUUUUAAUGUGAACGCAGUGAAGUUCUUGAACGCAACCUUUUUGAAAACAGACUCCUUAUCUUUUUAUUUUCAGUCCAACUUUGAUGAAUCAUCCGGCAUUAAAACCCACACCUAACUAUUGUAGAUAGGGCACUUUAAAUACUGUAUUUCUUCAGUAAAUCAAAGCUCUCGGCCUGUAAAAUGACAUAGAGAUUUUUUUGUAGAAAAUUUCCAAUACUAACUCCUAGGAGUUGCAUACUCUAUAUGGUGACUCAGUCACUUUUUUACUAAUCUUCUCUGAGAGAAAUGGUGAUUCUUUUUUCAAUUAUUGUAAAUAAGAGAAAUGUUGUAUACUGAUACUUUUAAAGGAACUGCAUACCUGUAUGUCGGUGAAGGUUUUUAAGCUGUGGGGAGGAUAUAGUGUUUGCUGUUAUGGAGGUGAGCCCCCAUUUAUCUUACAGUGUAAAACCACAAAUACGACUUCAAAUUCACAACGUACACAAAUGUAAAUGUGCAAUUGCAGGAUGGAAACUAACAUUCCGUGCAAUAUUUAUACACUAAGUUGUCCACUUUGUUAAAUUGUGAUAUCCUGUAGUCAUCACCGUAUCUACUUAACACUAAAAGGUCUUUGCAUGCACAGACAGACAAACAAAUGCAUACACACACAGACAUUCACACACAUGGAUACUCACAGGUAAUUAGUUCCACCUCCCUCCUACAGUAACUAUUAUCACCGGCAUGACUGUGUCUAGUUCAGUAACACCAACAAGUAUAGCCACAUGGAAAAGAGACACUACAAAUGUUCCUGUCUUUGGUAUAAUAAAUUUUA